UGAUCAACAAAUACAAGCGCCGGCGGUUCCAGAAAACCAAGAACCUGCUGACGGGCGAGACGGAGGCAGACCCCGAAAUGAUCAAGAGGGCGGAAGACUACGGCCCCGUGGAGGUGAUCUCGCACUGGCACCCCAACCUGACCAUCAACAUGGUGGACGACCACACACCCUGGGUGAAGGGCAGCGUGCCGCCUCCCCUGGACCAGUGUAAGGGCCAGGGCUUCCCGGGCGCGUCCCCGUUCCUCAGAGCGCCUUUUGGGGCUCCCGUCGCUCUCCUGGAGACGAACCCCUACCUGCUGGCGCUGACCAUCGUUGUCUCCAUCGUGCACAGCGUCUUCGAGUUCCUGGCUUUCAAGAACGACAUCCAGUUCUGGAACAGCCGGCAGUCUCUGGAGGGGCUCUCUGUCCGCUCCGUCUUCUUCGGCGUCUUCCAGUCCCUCGUUGUCCUCCUCUACAUCUUGGACAACGAAACCAACUUCGUGGUGCAAGUCAGCGUCUUCAUCGGGCUCCUCAUCGAUCUCUGGAAGAUCACAAAGGUCAUGGACGUCCGGCUGGACCGUGAGAACAAAGUGGCUGGCGUCUUUCCCCGCGUGAUCUUCAAAGAUAAAUCCACCUAUGUCGAGUCUUCCACUAAGGUGUACGACGACAUGGCUUUCCGCUACCUCUCGUGGAUUCUCUUCCCCUUGCUGGGCUGCUACGCCGUCUACAGCCUGCUCUACCUGGAGCACAAGGGCUGGUACUCGUGGGUGCUGAGCAUGCUCUACGGCUUCCUCCUCACCUUCGGUUUCAUCACCAUGACCCCCCAGCUCUUCAUCAACUACAAGCUGAAGUCAGUGGCCCACCUGCCCUGGCGCAUGCUGACCUACAAAGCUCUCAACACCUUCAUCGAUGAUCUCUUCGCCUUCGUCAUCAAGAUGCCCAUGAU